AUGAAAUCGCUCUUAUUUCUGUUUUUAUUAUGUGCUGGUGGAGCAGAUGCACUAUUUGGAUUCGGUGGAUCAAAGACAACAGUAGGACCGAAAAUCUCCCUUGGCUCAGAAAUAGCCGUUCCCCACACAGAUGACAAUCAAGAAACCGGGGAAAUCGUGAUCCCAUUCAAUGAUCCGAGUACUACGACUACAAAGAGAAACCGAGCGACCACUACUGAAUUGCCUAUACUGAGCGUCGGUGGAAUUGGUUUAGACCGUCCUCGAGGCACUGUUGAUGUCCGUGGAAUGACGAGCACAAUGAAUCCAAGGUUUACUGCUGCGACAAAAAGACUCCCCUCAUCCGACCGUAGCUCUUCUUCUGGGUGCCCCAAUCGAAUCGACGCUUACACAUUCGGUCCAGACUAUGAUUACGCAUUUUUCGAGUCAACUGUUUAUAUAUUAUCCAACAAUAGAAUCAGGGAGCGUAAACCAAUUUCCGAAGAAUUCCCUGAUGGUCCACAUGAAGUGAACGGAGCACUUUUCGAUCCAGAACGAGAGAUUUUGUGGUUAAUUUCCGAGAGAAGUGUGUAUGGAUACAAGGAGUCCUCGGGUGACUGGAAAUUGCAAUCAGUGUUUCCAAAAGAGUUGCCAUCCUCGGUGGCGUUCACUCCGGAUGCUGCAAUCAGGUGGCAUAAUAAGCAUCAGGUCUUGUUGUCGAACGGUGGAAAGUUUGCACUCUACGAUGAAUACUGGAACAAAUCUUUGAUGACAGGAAGAACCGAUAGCUAUUUUGAGAAUCUUCCCGACCGUGUCCGUGGCAUCUCCAUAUGGAACUCACGUGGUCAUGCCAACGUCUUCACGCAAUCUCUUGUGUUUGAAUACGAUUCGGAGAUGAAGAAAGUGACGGGCGAUGGAGUACCACUUGGCGAUUUUUGGAGAUGCUAA